AUGAAAGAAAAGGCCCAAAGGGCCUUCACAGACGCAUCGCAAAUGGCAUACCAGACACAGAUCCGCCAUGACAACAGUGGAAACGCUUUCACAGAGAGCUCUGCGUACAAGCAUUAUUUCGCCGACGCGGACAAGGACCAAGUCAAGCGAAUGAUGCAGGUUAUCUAUAACAGCCGCCUUCCAGUGGAUGACAACGACGGCGGUCAGGGCUACUUCAUCGAUGUUCGCUGUGGUAACAGUGAGGACCCUGACACAUGCGGUGGAUCCUCUCUGGCUGGCACGAACGCGAGGCCUGGUAAAUCAGUUAUGGUUCUCUGCGAUCGCUUUUUCCGCAACUCCGAGCCACGCACCAAGAAUGACUUCCAAACCAAGAAAUUCGACGACAGUCGCAACGGCUGGUGCCAGCCUAACGAAAAAUUCCCUUUCUUCGAAAUCGCGGGUCUGACGAUUUUCCACGAAAUGACUCAUCUGCACACCGUUGGCCAGAGGGCUAAACUCGAAGCCUUCCCCGACCCCGAUGGCUACGACACCUCUGGCACGAUCGAUGUCUACGAGAAGGGUGGCGACGAUGAUCGGGCGAAGUACGAGGACAUGGAUCCCUGGGAAGCGGCCCGGAAGCUCAAGCAGCUUUGGGAUGAGUACGAUGCGGACAACUCAAACUACAAGCCCUUGUGGAGCCCGAUUCACAACGCAGAUAGUUAUGCUGCCGCGGCAUUGGAGUUUUCGUAUCUGGAGCCCUGUAAAUGGGAUGUCAUCUUGCCCAACUCAGUCUGA